CGGAAUCCUACAACAGGAAUGGAUCGAAUCCUUAUACGAAGUUCACACGUGGGUUUUGGUUUUACCGUGCUAGUAUUCGGAGAGGGAAAUGUCUGCUAUGGAUCCUGUGAGUUUUGGUAUAAAAGCAAUAGAGGUGUAACCAGAAAUAUAAUCAGCUGUGACUUCGACAGCACGCCUAUCAACCCGUACAUAUGUCAAACGUCUCUUAUUCCGUGUACAUACGAUAGAUCUCGAUAAUUAGAAUAUGAGGCUCCUACAUUUCGGGUUGUUGUUCGCGGCGACCUCCUCGCGGAUUGUAUUGGCAUCAUCAAACGAGCUUCCUGUCCCACCACUUCCGCCUUGGUAUCCGCUACAGGCAUGGCAAAUCAGCUCGUUGUCGACAUAUAACCCUCACGAAAGCCCGUACAGCGCCAAUGCAAGCGGCCUGUUGUUGACGAUUUCGAACGUGCAGCAAAUUGCAGCAGCGCCGGCACCACACGCAUCUGGCGGAGGCUACGUGGUGUUCCGAAAGAGCACAACGCAAUGUGAACUCCAUUGGAAAACGGACCAGUUCACUCCGUACGGCCACAGCAGCAACAGCUGUGUGACGGACGUAGUACCGAGCGAUUAUUCGAACCCGCGCUGGCAGGUGACGCUCAACGAGCUGCACACAGAUCUCUCGGCGCCCGGCGACUAUUACUUUAGUCUUGGAUUCCAGCUGACGUACAAUGGCACCAUCUACGCUACUCAAGCGUACAAGCUUAUGACGGGGUCCGCGACCUUCAGGGCGAGCACGAACUUGGAGGGCGAAUGUGGUGACGAUGGAUUGUGUGAAUACCGCGUGAGGAACGAGAGCUUGCCAGUUUUACUUCAACCCACACUGCAAGAAUGCAAGAGCGCUUGCGGAUAGGCGAUCGGAACACAUUGUAUCUAUUUAUUCCUGCAUUGGCGUAUAGGACCAAAAAAAAAAAAGUCGAUGCUCUCGUUAAAAGAAAAAGUUCUCGUGAUGAUUGGCUGUCUCAUACUAGAUGCCAAAUCUCUUGAAUGAUUUCGUAACAAGCUCGACAAAGCGUCGGGAGGCCCUAUUCCAUGGCAUCCACAGUCCCGUCGCCUAAACUCGCUGCUUGAUCAGUCUGGUCAUCAUCGCACUGCGUUACAUCGUCCACUCUUUAAACCAUCAAUUGGACGCAAAAUCUAAUAAAGGUUGAGAGGCACACACAGAGCGAUGAUAUCCUACGACGGCAAU